CAGCAGUGGUUGCAGCCAUGGUGGAGGGGAAACCGUAUCGGUGCGGGCUGAUAGCGGCGGGUCUGUGCGUGGCAGCAGUCGGCCUCUUCAUCAUGACUCAGGAGCGGCCGCACGUCUACGCCACAAUGUGCGUUCUGGGCGUCAGCAUGGUGUGUGUCGGGACUGUGUGGAGCCUGUGUCAGUGCUACCCCAAGCUCACUUUGGCUGCUCAGACUCAGGAGACGAGUCAACAGGAUCUGGUGUGUGCUUCAGCGGAUGCACAAGAUGAACGGCACCCCGAGGCUCUGCCAGGUUUCUGUGGCCAAAAGUCGCGUAGCAGCAGCAGACUUCUCCCCGAGGCCCCGAAGAGCCAGAGUCACAGCUGUCCCACGCUGCACCUGGUCUGAGGCUCUGCGGGGGACCAGGCUGCGCUCAGGGACGGGGACGCCACAUCUCUCAUGAGUUUUUAUGACCCGUCACUGAAGGACAACAUCACUCACACUUCAUGCUGAUAGAGUUUGUACAAAUAUGAGAAGUGACUGAUGCUAAAUCAACAGUUUCUGUGUCACUGUGAAGUGUUUAAAGGUUCCCCUGAGGCAUAAAAGUACUUUUCUUUGAAUAAUAAUUUGUCUUGUAUGAUAUUUCAGCAAAAAAAAGUUUAAUGAACUACUUUUAAAUGAUUCAAAGUUCAGUAUAUCUGCUCCUUCUCCCUCACUGAAGAAUUCAGAAUCUAUAAAUGUGCAAAUGUCUUUCAUUUAAAAAGUUUAACUGUUUCACACACGACGCCUCCUCCUCAGUGCGGAGAGCGUCACACUGAUGCUUAUGAUUGGAAGAAGAUGUCUUAAAGUCUGAUGCUGGUUGAACUCAGACAAACCAGCAGCUGAAUGUGAAAACAAACUCUUCACAUACUGGUGAAGAGGGGGGGGUAAAUAAAGUUGCAUGGUAGUUCCAGAAGAUGGCACUGUUUAUUAUAUGAAAGAGGAAGAGACACACACACACAAAUGAAGAACCUUCCCCUCCACUGAGGCACAUGUAAUAGUCUCUAACAACUGAGUGUUGCACUUUCAUAAAGUCAGGGGAGUUGUAAAAGUCAAAGCCAAAAAAUGCCUACAAUUCCCACAAUGCAACUCAGCAGCAUCUUCCAUUACAACCCUCCCUGCCUGGUAAAGGCCCACGUCUUUCAAACUUGAUGCCACCAGCGUAACUCAGGAGUCUCACACACAUUUCACAUCAAACCAGCAGAACGGUCCAUAUAUGUAUAUAAUCUAUAUAAUAUAUAAUCUAUAUAAUAUAUAAUCUAUAUAAAUAAAAACCGACUUGACUUGAAGCGCAAAAAGGCAACAUGAAGUAUUCCUACACAGAAUCACAUUCAUUUUCUACCCUGAUGAUGCCUCUAUAGAAUAUAAUAGAAUAUAUUCCUCUAUGUUCAAGUCUCAAGUCCUCCAGUUCAGAAAUGCACAAAAUUUAAAUGUCCGCCAUUCCUCUCUCCAGUAAGGAGCUGGGAUCUCAUUGGAUCUCAUUGGAUCUCAUUGGAUCUCAUUGGAUCUCAUUGGAUGUUGGUCACAGAGGUCAGAUAUGAGAUAUGAGGCUUCAGCUUCAGCUGCCACGCUCUCUGUGUUGUACGUGCACCAGCCAUCAUCACAAGUCAUCGGGCUCGACCCAAGAUAACCCCGAUGACAUCAUCAGAGUUAUUUUUCUCAGACUUGACAAAGCUGGUCCAGAGUCACAGAGGACAUGAUGUGUCUGUUGUCCCCGGCCGAGUCGGACUGACGAGAGGACGAAUCCUAGAUUUUAAUUCUAACUUUA